CCGAGCGCAGGACCGGGCGCCCAGGCACCGCAGCGCGCCCCCCGCCAGGAUGCCGGUGGCCCCAGCGCCCUCAGCCGACGGAGUUUGUUUACUUUUCAACUUGACAUGGGUAGAGAAAGUGAAUCGCUAGCAUAGAAAACACAUCUGGAAUCCAUCUGGCCUCCUCUCUCUGGCUCACGCUCCCCCCAGCCAUGCUUCUCCUUGGAAAUGGGGGGAAGAUAGGCACCUCUGACCCUUGGCAGGGUCUGACUUGGGGUCAUCCACAGCAGACUCAGCUUUCAGAAGUUGUGUUAUUCCUUCUCAACAAAAAGAAAACGUGUUGGUAUUAAAAUGCUUUGAAGUAGUCUGGAUGAUCCCAGCUUAGUGAGGAUGACAUAGAAACCCUUAGGUAAUGGGGUCUUUACUGAGUAAACUCAGGGAAGCUCACAUGUGAGCGGUGUCUCUCAGUAAGAUGCAGAAGAUGCAGACAAUCAAAUACUAAAGUCUCUUGAAGAGCUGGGUGGUGGGCGGGGUCUGCCCAGGUGGUCAGGGAAAUGUGUUAGUGCAGCACUUGAAAGAGAGUGGAACGUCCAGGCAAGGAUCUGCCAUGGAGGCAGGCAGUGGGGGCGGCCCAGCAUCAGUGUCUGUAUUAGAAGACCACCGCUCAUGAGGAGGAGCGUCUACCCUGCAGCUGUCCAUACUUCUGUGUCUUCAGUAAUGUGCCCAGCUUCCUGAACAUACAGAAAACUAGUCUGCAGAGAGCCACAUGUCUCCGCAUCUGAGUGUUCUAAGUGUUCAGGUGGAAUUUAAGCAGCAAUCAAAUUUACAAUGUCACGGCCAGCUCUGGACACUUACCUUUUGGAAUAAAGCAAAGAGUGAAGACUAAUACUGCAUCAGUCUUGCCCUCUGUUGGGGGCCACCCUUCCUCCCCACACCAGUUUCGCAGGAUGGGCUGGCCACAGUCUGGAAAGCUCAGUGCCUCCGAGUCCCAGACACCAACCAACACACCACUCACAGAUCGACAUUGGCCCUGCGGAAACAUGGACACGUGUUUGCCGAGAGAACAUCCUCAGUCAAUCCCAGCAGUGCUACCUAAUGAUAACACAUGGGCCAUGGAAGAAAUUACCCCACGUCCAUAAACAAGAAUGAAGAGAGGAGAGUGUAUCUGCCCACACCAUGAGAGCAAGAAGGAAAAUUCAGCAUGCACGUGCAUCUAUGUGCAUGACUCAUGCAAGCAUCAUGGGGAGAGGACAGCAACGGACACAAUUGUAUCCUGCAGGGUUCUGUUCAUGUGCAGUCAGAAGCAGGCUAAACUCACCUAGGGGAGAGUCCUAUCCCAGGAGCCCUCGCUGGAGUCUGGCCUGCACACCUUGCUGAAUGAAGCUGGAGCCUUGGCCCUGCUUCUCUUUGAAAUGAAUGUUCCUUGGGCGCCCUCUCCUGGAUUUUGGAACUAAUUGUCUGUGAAUGCCAAGUGAUGGCUACUGCCCACCCGCCGCGCCCCCAGCCCUUGCCGGGGAACGAGACCCUUCAGGAGCAUUAUCAGUAUGUGGGGAAGCUGGCAGGCAGGCUGAAGGAGGCCUCCGAGGGCAGCACGCUCACCACCGUGCUCUUCUUGGUCAUCUGCAGCUUCAUCGUCUUGGAGAACUUGAUGGUUUUGAUCGCCAUUUGGAAAAACAAUAAAUUUCACAACCGCAUGUACUUUUUCAUUGGCAACCUGGCUCUCUGCGACCUGCUGGCCGGCAUCGCUUACAAGGUCAACAUCCUGAUGUCUGGCAAGAGGACGUUCAGCUUGUCUCCCACGGUCUGGUUCCUCAGGGAGGGCAGUAUGUUCGUGGCCCUCGGGGCGUCCACCUGCAGCUUACUGGCCAUCGCCAUCGAGCGGCACUUGACCAUGAUCAAGAUGAGGCCUUACGACGCCAACAAGAAGCACCGCGUCUUCCUCCUGAUCGGGAUGUGCUGGCUUAUUGCCUUCACUCUGGGCUCCCUGCCCAUUCUGGGCUGGAAUUGCCUGCACAACCUCCCCGACUGCUCCACCAUCCUGCCCCUCUACUCCAAGAAGUACAUCGCCUUCUGCAUCAGCAUCUUCACGGCCAUCCUGGUGACCAUCGUGAUCCUCUAUGCACGCAUCUACUUCCUGGUGAAGUCCAGCAGCCGUAAGGUGGCCAACCACAAGAACUCGGAGCGGUCCAUGGCGCUGCUGCGGACCGUGGUGAUUGUGGUGAGCGUGUUCAUCGCCUGCUGGUCCCCACUCUUCAUUCUCUUCCUCAUUGACGUGGCCUGCAGGGUGCAGGCGUGUCCCAUCCUCUUUAAGGCCCAGUGGUUCAUCGUGCUGGCUGUGCUCAACUCAGCCAUGAACCCGGUCAUCUACACGCUGGCCAGCAAGGAGAUGCGGCGGGCCUUCUUCCGUCUGAUCUGCAACUGCCUGGUCAGGGGCCGGGGGGCCCGUGCCUCACCCAUCCAGCCGGCACUCGACCCAAGCAGAAGUAAAUCAAGCAGCAGCAACAACAGCAGCCACUCCCCGAAGGUCAAGGAAGACCUCCCCCACACAGCCCCCUCAUCCUGUAUCAUGGACAAGAACGCAGCACUUCAGAACGGGAUUCUCUGCAAGUGAACGUCUCCAUGCGCCCUGCUCUGCAGCUGCGUUCUUAUUUAUUGCAUGCAUCGCUUCCACAGGGGCCCCUCGAGACUGUGACUCGGGAGGGCUACCUUACUUUGACCAACAGCCUGCUCAGGGUGGAUGUCUCUUACAGAGAAGGCCGAGGAAUCACCACCCCAUUUCAGUGUAGACAAUGUGCCUUGUCCACUUUGGGCUCCAGAGUCUUUCAGAUGUACUAAGCUGCUGACACCAUCCACAGCCUUCUGCGGAAUCCUGGACACCCUCCCUAGUGUUCAGAGAGGGAAGGUCAUGGGCCACGCAAUGCUGUGUGAUUCUCCAUGUGCCUCUGAAUGGUGUUUCGAUGAUUUUACACUACAUUUCCUGUGCAUAGAAUGGAUGCUUGUAUACUCAUACCUCUCUACAUUACACAGAAUUUGUGUUCCAGGUGUUUGCCAUGUGAUACCUACAUAGAAUCUGCAUACAACACACAGGUAACAGGUUAUACAGCUGGGUUUGGACUGAACCCCGGGACAAGGACAUGGUUGUGAACUAGGUGGACGUGCCAUCCCUGGUCUCUUUAGACUGACAUGAAGUCUCAUGUUAAUCAAGCUUUUAAAGUCCAAAUUCCCUAAAAAGGGCUUGUCCAAGGCUGGCCCCAGAUGUAUGGGUCUGACUACACCAGCCCCUUCAGUCAUUUGUCCCUGCGUAAUUUUAAUCAUAUCCCAAAGCAAAAUUAUGUGAUGGUUUUCGGGUUUCUGCAAAUCACAGAAAAGCCAGCCAAGAUCACCCAAGAGCUUGUGCCCCCAGACAGGCCAAAGAAAGAGCCCAUGAGGGAGCAGCAGAAGCAGAUAGCUGGUCUGGCCCACCUUCCCACGCCACACGGGCAGGGGUCUGCUUCAGGAAACGGAAGGUGUCCAGGAAAUGAGCAGAGAUUCACAAGACAGCACUUUAAUUCCGUGUUGAGUUUGUUUCUGUGUAAGAAAAGCACCAAGUCAGUAAUCCCCCGUGGCGUCGCAGCUGAGUAGCUGUGGCCACCAGUAGUUUCACAGCUUCCUGAAAGCUGGCACUGAUCAUGACUAUCAGUGAAAGAAGUUUAAUUGUCAGGUUAGAAAAUGUGAUCUGGCAGCUUAUACAUUCUUCAGAGUGAUGUAAUAAUAACUACAUGAUACUAUAAUUUUACUUUUCUACAUAAGUUGAACCCAUUAGCCGUCUGUUUACCUUGUAAAGGGAUUACUUAGAAGACAUUUUUGUACAUCCUCUUCCCCAAGGAUUGUAGGUAUUAAACAAAUAAAUGGAAAGAAAGUAAACACGUUUGUAGAACUAUCAUCAGCACACAGUUGCCUUGUUGAGUUCUCUGUAAAAACAAGGACAAACCAACCAGCCCUCAAAAGAAACUCACAUCCGAGUCGCCUAAAGUGUUUUAUUUAGGUUCAGUGAGCAUUUGCCUGAAUAAAACCUAAAAGAGUGGUCUUAACGCAUUAAUACUUUUUUCUAAGAGAAAUUGAUUCCUGUUCGUCAUCUGAUGCAAAUUGCUCUUGUAAAGAGACAUUUUUGUGGGUUCAGGGUAACUCACCUCCAUGGACUGACCAAAGACUUUUCUAAUUUUUGUUACUGAUGAGAUGAAACCUAUCUGUAAAGAGAUCUUCCCCAGGAGCAUUCCUGUUGCCUUCUUGACAUCACUGAAAAGUAGCUUAUUCUCUUAUCAAAUAGCAUGAGAAAACCCAGGGCAUUUCUAGGAAAGUAAAACAUUAAAGUUCUGGAUUAAGAAAACGACAGUAGGCUGGGUGCAAUGGCUUUAUGCCUUUAAUCCCAGCACUUUGGGAGGCCGAGGAAGGUGGAUCACCUGAAGUCAGGAGUUCGUGACUAGCCUGGCCAACAUGGUGAAACCCCGUCUCUACUAAAAAUACAAAAAUUAGCCAGACGCAGUGGCAUGCACCUGUAGUCCCAGUUACUCAGGAGGCCGAGGCUGGAGAAUUGCUUGAACCUAGGAGGCAGAGGCUGCAGUGAGCCGAGAUUGCACCGCUGCACUCCAGCCUGGGCAACAGAACGAGACUCUGUCUCAAAAAAUAAUAAUAAAUAAAAUAAAACAACAACAAAAUACAUCAGAGAGCCAAAAAUUCAGUAUUGCAUUUUCACAUAGGCAAGGAAAUGACUUUAGAACUUUAUGUUAUAGUUGUGAGUUGCUUUGGGAGCCAUGUACCUCUCUGUAGCUACUGUUCAUAACACUUUAUUCCAUAACCCUGACAUCCCCAAUAUCUAAGUAUCUCAGCCUUCAUCCAUUAACUCUACUAGGGAGCCUGCUCAUUCUCACUUGGAGGUAUCAAUAUUUGUGGUGUGACAUGAGGCCCCCUUGAAAUAACAAGACUUUUGAGCAAUCUGAAUUAAAAAUACAGCAAAAAAGUAAUUGUGCUCAUUUGCUAAAUGCAAAAAAUAAUCACCUUUGAUACCAAUAUGCACCAAUAUGCCUAACCAGCUAGCCAGCUGGAAGUAAUUUAGCAGCUGAAUGUUUCAAAGCCCUAACCCUGGAGUGUGGAAACAGGUGGUCUUCUAUGCUGCAGGGAAACUAUGCAUUAGAUCUCUUUUCCGUUAGAAACCUUUAUUAUUUCCAAUGUAUGUUUGUUAAAAAAUAAAACCAAAGGCUUUGUGUAAACCUGC